GCGCAGAGAAAGGCAUACUCCCCAUUGGACUGAUGUAGUGUGCCUCCAUAACAAAAGCCACGCUGCUCGUGUGCAAUGGUGCCAGAGAGGUAGGGCACCCUGUAACCUAAACUAGGACACAUCGAUGGGAACAGCCACGGCUGAAAUACAGGGAUAUUGCGAAGACCUGCAACAAACUUUACGUUUUGAAUUAUUACUCUCCCCCAGAUUGUUCUCUUUUACAUGACAAAGCACCGGGUACUUUGAGUAUGGAAAACCUCUCCUCCGAUCAGGGCUGUGAGCUGUAAGUUCAACUUUGAGAAGAUCUGUGAUUGACUGGGAGAUGGCAGAUAUACUGGAGCUACGAACAGAUGGAAACUCACUCCUGAAGGCAGUAUGGCUCAGGCGCUUGAGACUCACCCGGCUCCUUUUGGAAGGAGGUGCAUAUAUCAACGAGAGCAAUGAACGUGGACAGACACCUCUCAUGGUGGCUUGCAUGUCCACACACACUGACCAGCAGAGUGUAAGUAAGUCAAAACUGGUGAAGUAUUUGCUAGACAACCAGGCAGAUCCCAACAUACAGGACAAAGGAGGUAAGACAGCUCUAAUGCAUGCCUGUAUCCACAAGGCUGGACACGAGGUGGUAGAUCAUCUGCUGAGCAAUGGAGCUGAUCCCAGUCUGGAGGACAGGACCGGGGCCUCAGCCCUGGUCUACGCCAUCAAUGCAGAUGAUAAGGAGACGCUAAAACUGCUCCUGGAUGCAUGCAAAGCUAAAGGCAAGGAAGUCAUUAUAAUCACCACAGAUAAGUCACCGUCUGGUACUAAAACUACCAAACAGUACCUAAAUGUCCCACCUUCACCAGAGCUGGAUGAGAGGUCCUCCUCAGCAUACUGUGCUUCUCCCUCUGAUAUCAACGUUACUGCAUCUCCCACACCUGAGGAGGAGCAACAAAACACAGUCUUCAGUUUCCAGAUGAAGCUUAAAACCUCUAGUUCAGCUUCAAAACUUGCCAAUGGGCCCACAUCUCCAACACGCAAACCUGUAAACCCCAAACGUGCACGUUUACCUCAGCUGAAGAGGCUGCAGUCAGAGCCUUGGGGACUGAUUGCUCCCUCUGUCCUUGCUGCAGCUGCUGCCCGUGAGGAAACUAAGAAAGCCAGCUCUGAUGAGGACGUUGUUGCAGGGGUAAACGGGCUCUCACUGAGUAAGAGGUCAGCUUUAUCACGACACAACAGUGUGGAUGAGAAGGACAGCUUAUUCCCGCUAGUAGGCGAACAGCCUUGCAAAAUGACAACCUCACUAUCAGUUCCUCCAACGUCUAAAGCAUCAUAUGAGAGAUCUCUAGGGCAGCACCAGCCGCUGGCACGGCGCAGUACUGUGCCCACAGAGCAAGACAGCAGCAGCUGCAGCAGUGGACUAGCUGGUCUAAGAGAUACAAUGCACAGGAGACGUCUAGGGAAUGAUCACUAUGACUCAGAUUCACAGCUCUAUUCAGACUCUGCAAUGCUAGACUCCCCUAAGGUCCCUGUGGAGCGAAGGAAACUAAACACAUCUCCACUAGCGAUGAUGACCAGCUCCAGAGAAUCUCUAGACAGCAAUGCCAGCACAUCCUCUCCUAGCACAGCACAUAGACAUAUACCUGGCCUCCUGGAGAGGAGAGGCUCGGGUACACUGCUGCUAGACUACAUCUCCCACACCAGGCCUGGCCACCUGCCCCCUCUCAAUGUCAACCCCAAUCCUCCCAUUCCUGAUAUCGGGGCUAGCAGCAAGCCCUCCUCACCUUUGGCUACAGGUAUUAGAUCUAUAGCUCCAGUAGCACCAAACACACCAAAGAGAGGUGGCCUCAAGUCCAAGAAGAAACUUGUCAGAAGGCACUCUAUGCAAGUGGAGCAGAUGAAACAGCUUUCUGAUUUUGAAGAGCUGGCACAUUAGAUAGUGAUGGUGUUUAUGCAGCACAUUUUGUGGGAAUAGAAAUGUUAGCACCAUAAAUUGUCAGGAAAUACAUCCAUUA